CCAGCCCCAGGACGGGCGGGCUGCGUCCAUGCGGGGGGUGCGAGGCAGCGCUGUGUCAAGGCCGGGUCGGGCCGCCGGCGGCUCCCAAUAAAGUUGUUGUUGAGGCGGAGCCGGGCUGGCGCGUGGGCAGAGGCUGGAAGAGGAUCGGGCAGGGCAGCAUGAUCGGCACCGUGCUCUGCUACCUGCUGCUGCCUGCGGCGCGGCUCUUCCGCGCCCUCCGAGAUGCUUUCUUUACGUGUCGAAAGAAAGUGCUUCUGGCGAAGAGCCCGGCCACCCAGGUAGGGGGCAUCUCUUCUGUGCCCAGCAGGAGGUCAGUCCCAGAAGAGGAGGAAGCCCUGCUGCAGCAGCAGCAGCUGGAGGAGGAAGCUGGUGGGCUACACAGCUGUGAGAGUGCUCCAGCAGUGGGGAAGGUGUCAGCCACACUGACUAGUGACUGGCUGGAAGGCUCGGAAUUAUUGAUGACCAGCCUCAGCAAUCUGAAUGUGGCAUCAGAGGUCACAUGGUGCAGUGAUCAGCAACAUGAUGAGCUACAUACCUUAAUGUCUCUAGGACCAAAGGAACAUGUUGCAGUCACACUGGCAAAAUUACCAGAAGAGGAAAGUGUGGCUGUGGUGGGCAUUGCAGCAUGGUCAGCUGUAAGGACGCAGACCGAUCACCAGAUUAGUGGCUGCACCCCUUCGGCCCUGGAAAGGGAGGAUGAAGAUACUGCUGUGCUGGACUGGAGCUUAGCCCAUGACACAGAGAUAGUGCCAGUGGAGGCCACAGCCUGGCCUGUUUAUGAUACAGGACAAUUCCAGCCUUUUCCAGCAGAGAGAUCUUACCAUGAGAUUUUAUGGAGGGACUGGGAGGAUCUCUGUAUCCAACCUGCUGUUCCAGAGCUGGGCUCAGAGAAUGGGCCUCUGUUUGAAUUCCGAGUCAUGUCUUACAACAUUCUGGCCCAGGACCUGGUGGAGCAGAGCCCUGAUCUCUACCUGCAUUGCCAACCAGAUAUCCUGGACUGGAGCUAUCGUCUCCCAAAUCUCUUGCAGGAGAUCCAGCACUGGGACCCUGAUGUUCUGUGUCUCCAGGAAGUGCAGGAGAAUCACUACUGGGAACAGCUGGAGCCAACAUUCAGGAUGAUGGGCUUUGUGUGCUUAUACAAACGGAGAACAGGAAAAAAGACAGAUGGCUGCGCAGUUUGCUACAAGCACAGCAGGUUCCAGCUGAUCAGUGCCAGCCCUGUAGAAUACUUCCGGCCUGGCCUGGCCAUCCUAAACAGAGACAAUGUGGGUCUGGUGCUCUUGCUGCAACCUCUACUCCCAGAGGGUGUAGGACAGAAAGCAGCAAGCCCCCUGUGUGUGGCUACCACUCAUGUGCUGUAUAAUCCCCGCCGAGGAGAUAUCAAACUUGCACAGAUGGCCUUGCUCCUAGCAGAGGUUGACAAAGUUGCAAAAACUGUUGAUGGCAGCUACUGUCCUGUCAUCUUAUGUGGAGACCUGAACGCUGUGCCUGAUUCUCCAUUGUACAAGUUCAUCCGGAAUGGUCAGCUCUCCUACCAUGGGAUGCCAGCCUGGAAGGUUUCUGGACAGGAAGACUUCUCCCAGCAGCUGCACCAGCGGAAGCUGCAGACCCCACUCUGGCACAGCAGUCUGGGUAUAACGGACAACUGUCAAUAUGUCUCUCUUUGCCAGCCAAAGAAAUCAGACAGACUAAAGUACAGCCGGGACUUCCUGCUUCAGUUCCGUUUCUGUGAUGCUGCCUGUGAACGACCUGCACAUCUAAUUCUGUGGAAGGGUGUGACAGAUGUUAAACCAGACCGCCCUGCACAUUGGCCCAAGCAUCUCAUUGUGGUGAAUGAUCCUGAUCCAGAGCUCUUCUUCCCAAGGUCUCCAGGUGUUAUCCGGCAUGGCCUUAACCUGACCUCUGCGUAUAGCCACUUCUUGCCCCAGAGAGGUCGCCCUGAGGUCACAACCAUGCCCAUGGGCCUUGGCGCUACAGUUGAUUAUAUCUUCUACUCGGCAGAGCCCAUUGAGAAUGGGAACGAAGGGGGUCGCAGGCUAUAUCGAGAUGGAGCCCUGAAGCUGCUUGGCCGUCUCUCCCUGCUCUCCGAAGAUGUCCUGUGGUUGGCAAAUGGCUUACCCAAUCCCUUUUGCUCAUCUGAUCACCUCUGUCUGCUGGUUAGCUUUGGCUUGGAGAUCUCCAGUGCCUGAGAGAUGGGGAUUGUGUGGGUUGAGCUGGACUGAAUGCAGAAUACAGAAAUUGUGCAUUCAGAGCCUCAGUUGGCUCAAAGGAAACUUCCUUUUCAUUUCCCCUGCACCCCCCAUGUAACAGGAGCAUGAGGGGGCCAGAGAGGUUGAGACCUUCCCUGCAUUGCUACUCCAUGGGACUCCAUUACUGGCUGAUGCCCAGUUGUUCUCUGCCUGCACUAUCUCUUAAAGGGACCUGGGAAAUUAACUUCUUUACCUAUUUGGUUCUCCUACAUCUGGCAGACAUUGUAGCUGUGAUGUUCUUACACUGCAGGAAUCAACAUGACUUCGGCUUAUUUACUUGUCUCUGUGUGCCGCUCCUCAGUGAUCUGGGAAAGAGCAGGUGCGGUUUUGAGACGCCUGUAGGCUUUUUUUUUUAGUUGGCUACUUGCUGCCAAACAGCAGGCGGUGCUCCCAAUCGUCAUCUGCCACACCAAAAUGGUGAUUCUUUUUAAUUUCCCAGCAACAGUGUAUGGAAUGCAUUCCCCUUGGAUUCACCCAAGCAUCCCUUGUGCCGCCUGUAACUUAAGACAGGACUGGGCUUGAUGAUUGCUUGGAAAUGGAAUUGAAGUAGCCUUUACCUAGGGAUAUCUAAAGAGAGUUUCUGUCUUGUUCACCCAGGUCUGCACCCAGCACACACAUCAGCAGAGUGAGAGUUUGAAGUUUCAAUAACUUUCUGUAGGGAGCGUUCUAUCGUUAUGAGACCAAUGUACCAAUAAGGUCUGACACAAGGAUCAGCGUGAUAUGGAGGCCCUGGUUCUUCAGAACCAUCAUAGAAAGCCCUGGAAUUGCCACAGCAGAAAUCUGAGAUCCUUGGAAAGGCUCCCUCACUGCCUUCCUGACCAUCUCAGAACAGUUCCUAGUACCUCUCUUGGCACCUGUAUGUGAUAGAGAAGGAUUUGCCAAGGCCCUUCCUAGGGGUUUCAUGCAAGAGGAACAGUGGACAGAUCUGGACUGAUAAGAAUGUGAGAGUGCUGAGGGGCUGUGGUCAUAGUUUCUCCCAGAACAAUGCUAAACAGAGAAGGGUGCCAGAGGAAGUGGAGGAAUAGCUGCUUCCUCUUCCUUUUAGUAGGCAUUUCACUGCAAAAUGUAGUAGUCAAGGCUCAGGAUAGAUCAGAUGUCCUCCUGGCCAAGCAUGUUGUUGUGUGUGCAUAUUAUUGCUCUGUUCUGGAGUCUACCCUCUAAAGGGAGGUGAGCUGAUAGGAGCUGCUCCUCUCUGUGGUUUGGAGCCAAAGCUUCAGUUCUUGGAUCCCAUUGUAGCCUUAUUGUCAUGUGUGUUUUUGAUAUAUUCCCUGGUCAGCAGUGGCUCGUUGCUAGUUCUUUUGCGGUUUUUUUGGUGCUGGACCCUGCAGGUCAGAUUCCUCAGCAUGACCUGACUGUUGGUGCUCAGUAUUUAUCAAUGAGUUAUGAAGAGAAUUUUAGCAGAAAAGUUCUCCACCCUUAAACUCCACUUCUGGGGCUGAGACUGUCUUAGCCAGGUUUUCUAGGGGAAGGAGAGUGAGAAGCUUGAAAUAACUUGAACUGGAUUGUUUUGAAUAAUGCAUUGAAGAGGUUUCAGUGUUUUAAUUCUUAUUUUCUUAAACAUCUUAUCUGAAAAAUAAAAUUUUAUAAUUUCAGAAAAAA